UUUUCAGGGAUUUCAAUAGGACAAAGGAAGAAGACUAAAGAGAUGGAGGUCAAGUCGUGCCAUUACUAAUUUUCCAUGGAUAUGUAGUCAAAGUAAGUCAUCUUUCUCAACUCUUCUUUCUUCUAGCUUGAGGGAAACUCCUGUUUCCAAUUUUCCCAGUUUUCACAUUCUCAAAGUUAUUGGCCUAACCUUCUCUAUUAACAAUCCUCCCACGUAACGCUCCAGUAUAUGUACCUUACCACCAUCCCACCUUCCCCGAGUAUUAACUAACUCUUAAAACCAACAAAAACAUUACCCCACUACCCAGAAGUGGAGACGAGAGAGAGAGAGAGAGCAAAGCAGAACCAACCAUGGCGAUAAGGAGUUCCGCAACCGCAGCGCUACUCUUGAGCCUCAUGGCCUUGCUUUCCGCCCUAAUUGUCUCAUCGCCGGACCUAGGGUUCACCUGCACUACCCAAGCCACAUGCAAGUCUGUGAUUGAUUACGUUUCUCCCAACACCACGACCCUCGCCAACAUCUCCUCCCUCUUCGGCGUCACAAAUUUCUACGAUUUACUUGGGGCAAAUUCCUUGGCAGUCUCCACAAAACCUAGCCAGAUCUUCAAAGCCAACAAUACCAUCAAGAUCCCUUUCCCCUGUAUCUGCUCCAACGAUACAGGAAUCUCAAAUAAGGUUCCCGUGUACACUGUACAGCCAAAUGACGGUCUGGAUCACAUCGCUAGGGAUGUCUUUUCAGCGCUGGUGACUUACCAGCAGAUUGCCCGAGUCAAUAACAUCCCUAACCCUAACUUGAUCCUGACUGGGCAGAAACUUUGGAUUCCGCUGCCCUGUAGCUGCGACGAGGUGAGCGGAGCUCAGGUCGUCCAUUAUGGACAUGUGGUGGCGAAGGGAAGCUCCGUGGAGCAGAUCGCCGAGGAGUAUGGGACCGAUCAAAACACUUUGUUGAAGCUCAAUGGAAUGUCCAACACCAGCGAACUCAUAGCCGGCGAGGUCCUCGAUGUUCCUCUCAAAGUUUGUUCAUCCUCAGUCAACAAAACUUCAGAAGACUACCCCUUGCUUGUUCCUAAUGGAACUUAUGCCUUGACUGCUUACAAUUGCGUAAAGUGCUCAUGCCAGUCUUCUAACAAUUACACAUUGCACUGCAACCCAUCAGAAGUUACACCAUCCAAUGUGACUAAAUGCCCUUCCAUGCUAUGCCAAGAUGGUUCUGUCAUUGGGAAUACCACAUCAACUUGCUCCACCUGCGCCUAUGCUGGAUUCAUUAAAACAAGCAUAUUAACUACUCUUGACAAUAGCACUUGUUCAAGUAAUUCGGCACCUUCACCUUCAAGCAAUUCGGCACAGGGAAGGUUUGGUUCUCAGGGUUCAAGUUGGAGUGUUCUUCUUGCAACUAUUCACUUGGGCUUGCUCUGUUUUGGCCUUCUUUGUUAAAAUAUCUGGUUUCUUAGUCUCCAUUAUGAUUGCCAUUUUGAUUACAGUUUUGUCCUCCGGAAUAAAUGUAUUAAGUAAAACUAAUAAAUUUUAUGAAGGCUUUGUAUGAUUGCAAGGGGAAUGCAAAUUUUUUAUGUAAA